AUGGACGAUGUGAAAAGCGACUGCGAGAUGUUUCUUAUGCGCUUCCUCUCGCCGUCUAAUUGCCUGCCAAUCCGCAGCUUUGCCAUCCAGCAUAACUGCCCGAAGCUGACCCAAUCAGCAGACCGCUUCGCGUUGUCCAACUUCCACGACCUGCGACGCACCCCCGACUUCCUGACUAUCUCCUGCCACCACCUGACCGAACUGAUCGCUGACUCGAACCUGAACGUUGCCUCUGAGGCCGAUGUCUUCGAGGCUGUCGUCGCUUGGGUCCAACACGACACACAUAAUCGAUCGAAGAUGUUGCCGCUGCUGCUCAGCCACGUCCGUCUUACACAAUUGCCGUUGCCGUACCUAGUCGAAUUCGUCUGCCGCAACCCGCUGAUCAAAGGCGACCCAUACUGCAGCGAACUGGUAAAUCAGACUUUUGUACGGGUGCUGGUACAAAGUAGGCUGUUGAAGCCGUCCUCAUCAUCGGUCAGCAUCGACGAGGAGGUGUGCCGACCUCGAAAAAGCGCUGCUGGCGUUUUGUUCUGCGUCGGCGGUCGUGGCUCAAACGGUGACCCGUUCCGUUCGGCCGAGGUCUACGAUUGCCUGAACAACGUGUGGUUUGCUGUCAGCGAGAUGAACACCAAACGACGCCAUGUGGGCGUUGUUUCGGCCAACGGCAAGAUCUUUGCAAUCGGUGGACACAACGGAACGGAACAUUUGAACAGCGUCGAGAUGUUCGAUCCAAGAUUGAACCUAUGGGUGGAGAAGACCCCCAUGAAGUUCAAGCGUCGCGGUAUCGCUCUCGGCUUUUUGGAAGGUGCAAUUUACUCUGUUGGGGGCCUCGAUGACACGGCCUGCUUUCUGACCGUCGAGCGGUACGACGUGGAAUACGAUCUAUGGACAAGCGUCGCCUCGAUGAACAUGCAACGUGGCGGCGUCGGCGUGGCUGCCCUCGGCAAGUUCCUGUACGCGGUGGGCGGCAACGACGGCACUUCCUCGUUAAAGUCGUGUGAACGUUACGACCCAUACUUAAAUAGAUGGAAGCAGGUCGCAGAAAUGAACUUUAGGAGGGCCGGAGCCGGAGUAGCUGUUUUGAACGGCUUCAUGUAA